GGUCGAGAUGGUGAUCGAGUGUCAACUCGCCUUCAUGAACACUAACCACCCGGACUUCACCGGCAACAGCAGCGAUACCAGCAAGAUGUCUGGCGUCAAGGAACUCGCUCGAAAGAUGAAGGCGACGGUCAAUGUGGGCAACCAGGUCGUGCGCAAGGGCUUCCUGAACACUCCCGCGGGUGUGGGAGGGUCGGCCAAGGAGUACUGGUUUGUGCUCAGUAGUGAGACGCUGGCCUGGUACAAGGAUGAGCAGGUAUGGGACAGGGCACGUGAAGUGUUGGUGGUGAAAUAG